AUGUGGAAGACGCUCAUCUCCUCCAGAUGGACUAAGGAGCCGGUGCUGCACAUCCUCUUCCGUGUGCUGGAAUACUGGCCAGCGCACAGGAGACGCACCUCUGAUGGGGAUGAGAGGGAUGUCUUUGCCCUGGCUGCAACUGUGGCACUCUGGGAGAUCCUCCAGCUGUCCCACUCCUGGUGCCCAGGGGGAGUGAAGGACAAUUUCCCACGCCUCCUUCUGACUCUGCUCUUCCAAGUUUUCAUCAGCACAGAGGAGAUGUCAGAGGAGGUCGAGACCUUCUGGAGGCGAUGCCGGGAGCAGCGCAGCCUUCCCCCCAACCCCAACAGGUUUGCAGUGCAGACUGUUAAAGCCCUGCUGCGCCAGCUGCUGGGUGAGGACGUGUUGAUGGCGAUCGGUCGCAAGUGUGGCUGGGACAUGCUCCUCAAGGCUGACAGCCACCACUAUGCAGUGGGUCUGCUGGCCAGGGAGCUGUGCCGUGUCUCCCGCUCCUUCUGCUGCAGCAUCGCCGUCAGCCUGCUCCCGCGGCUCAGCAGGGGAGAGCCCCUGUGGGAACUGCCUGCCCUGGCGUUCCUGGUGGAGGUCCUGCACUGCCUGAACCCCAGACAAUGUGGGCCCAGCGUCCUGCAGAUUAUUUCCAGGCACCUGCGCAGUCAGUGCCCGGAGAGGCGUCGCCUGGCGCUCCGAGGCCUGGUGGUGCUCAGCAAGGCUCCCUCAAUGGCUAAGAGCAUGCGGAGCCUGAGUGAAAGCCUCCUGGAGCUACUGCAGGAUGCAGACGCAGACACGGUUCAGAUGACCCUCUCCGCGUUCAUCAACGUGCUGCACUUCCAAAUUGUCAAAAUAUCCACCCCUACUGCCCUGAAGUUGCUUGAGGCGCUGCGGCCACUCUUUGACAACGAGCACAGCCAGCUGCAGCAGCUCUCCAUGCUCCUCUUCUGGGAGCUGAUGGAGGCGACAGAGAGGAGCAAGAGCCUAAAGCCACACGUGUACCUGAGUCUGGUGCCAUUCUACUUCAACUGGCACAAUGAGAACCGGCGUGUGGCAGAGGCCUCUUGGAGAGCACUGUUUGGUGCAGCCAGGUUCCUGAAGUGGAGAGAUCUUGAGGACUUGGUGACCAUGGAGCAGCCGUGGAGGUUUCCCGAGUGCCUGCUGGAAAAGGACAGGAGCCGAGUGGGCCAGUACGUGCGCCAGGCCCUGCCGUUCCUGGAGAGCCCAGAGAAGCCCCUGCGAAAGCUGGCCAUCAAGUUUCUGGGGAUUGCCGCCAGGUCCAUGAAGCAGGAGCAGCCAGAGCUGCAGCUCAUCUGCCAGGCCCUUCAAGACAUGACUGAUGACAGCCCUGCCGUCUCAAACCUGGCCCAGGAAACGCUCCACAUCAUCAGAGCUGUACGGAGAACUUCAUUCUUCCAUUUCUGGUAGUCUCCGUUGCUGCCUCUUCCAGCCCAUAGAGGUGUGACAGAUGACAUCAGACUCGCCAUGGCAGGCCUGGCAAUUCAACACUGCUACGUGCCAAGAGCUGUACAGAUGGCUCCCUACUGCAGAUUCCAGCAGCUCCAAGACUGGCUGUGCAGGGCGUGGAAGACCCGGCCUUUUCCGCAGGGCAGUGUCUGCCUGUGCUGCUGCAGCCCUGUGGAGAACUGAUGCAGGAAGCUCCAUCUCCUGGGGCCACCUGAGCCUGUGGGGAAGAUGCCUCUUCC